GUCGUAUUCAGAAGGAGCUAACAGAUCUUAACAAGAACCCACUGGAGGGGAUCACAGUUGAACCGCAAGACGAUAAUAUCUUUGAAUGGAAGUGCUCUAUCAAAGCUGCGUCCGACUCACCUUACAAGAACGGAACUUUUAAAUUCAAUCUGUCGCUCCCCGCUAACUUUCCCUUCAAAGCUCCGACGGUGACCUUUCAAACGAAGAUUUAUCACCCAGGAAUCAACGAGGAGGGAAGCAUCUGCGUUCCAGUUUUGAGGGAUGAGUGGAAACCGUCUAUAACGCUGUCCACUGUUCUCUCUAUCAUUCAAGAGAAAGUGAACAACCCUCGACCAGAAGAUCCCUUCGAGCCGGAUAUUGCCGCACUGCUUCAAAACGACAAGAGCAAGUUUUUGGCCACAGCAAAGGAAUGGACCAAGAAGUAUGCGACAUGAACGGACAGCCCGUCAAGUGAGUAACAAUGCAUGGAAUGGAACGGCUUCAAAUCGUUCCUUUCAUUGAAGCAUGUGUCGAAAGAUAAUCCAGUAGUCGAAUUACCAUCACACGAAGAACCAAGAAUCCAUGUAUCCCAUUUGAAAUCUCAGCGAGCGGGUAAAGAGCAGGGUGAAGUUGUAGUGAUCACAUGCUAACGAUAUUCAUGUCUAGAAUGGCAGGUAAAUCGGCGUGCAGCCGAACUGACAGAUUAUCGUUUUGAAGCAGCUGCGUUUUGAGUGUUGGCUUGCGCGAGGAGAUCUUUUUGCUUGAACGAUAGUUUUCUCCUUUCAUUGAAGUAGGUAAUCUACUCGCCCAUCAGGAAGCAGACCUCUGCACAUGGGUGAGAUCUCACCCAGCUUUGGGCGCAAGACUUUCCGUAGAGGUCGUUCUCUUUUGCGCACGCUUUUCCUUCCUUCCCCGCCUCAAUGACCCCAGCACCGUCUAAGCAUGCAUAGUAUGCGUCGCGUGAGUCCCAGCAUUGCUGUCGUUCAUUACGUGUGAGAGGAUUUGGGUCUUCUGCGGGUGGUGCGGAAGAUGAUCCAAAAGGCCACAUGGGUACGGCAGGCAACGGUGGGUGAAUCAAAGAAAACUCCGAAAUCAAGACGUCCCGAGUUUAGAAAGUGCAGAUUUGUGUUGGAGAUUCGUCGGUGGAAGUGGUUGAGGCGUUCAGGGCUAGCUGCCGUGCAAGGCGUCGGGGCCGCGGGGAUGCCGAUGAUGCCAAGCUGUGCUAAUACCACGUGAUGGCUUGUAGAGAACUUGAAGCUCUGAAUCAUUCUGAAUCAGAAGCUUGAAGCCGAAGGGUCUGUAUUUUUCUACGUUAGAUUGGGUAAAUAGAUCAAUGAAAUUAAC